GCGCCCGCCGCGCCCGCCGCCGCCGUCUCGCCGUCGCCGAUCCGCAAAGAGCUCGACGAGAAUUGGAACGCGCUGGAGAACGAGAUCGCGGCCGCGCGCGCGCGCGACGAGGAGCGCGCGAAGACGGCCGCGACCGCGACGACGGCGGGAGGCGGCGAAGGCGCGGGGGGCGACGGCGACGGCGACGGCGACGACGAAGUCCUCAAGGAACGGCGUUCACCACGCGAACGCGGUCGCAUGGGAACCAGUCACGACGACGGCGACGCGGGCGCGGACGCGGACGCGGACGCGGACGCGGACGCGGACGCGGACGCGGACGCGGACGCCGCGGAGACGGAGACGGCGACGACCGUGACGGGCGAGAAACGCGUCAGCGACGGCGAAAAGGAAGCCACCUCCGGGCGCGCGACGAAGAAGCGACGGCUCGUGUGGACCCCGGAGCUCCACGUGCGGUUCAUGUCGGCGGUGAAUCACCUGGGGAUCACGAACGCGGUGCCCAAGACGAUCUUACAGCUCAUGAACGUGGAGGGCAUGACGCGCGAGAACGUCGCGUCGCACCUUCAAAAGUACCGGCUGUACUUGAAACGUCUCGCGGGCGUGCCCCCGAACGCGCCGCUGCCGCCGGACGUCAUGCGACGCGCGCAUCCUUACCACUUCCCCGCGGCGGCGGCGUUCCCGCCGCCGACGCCGACGAUCGAGCAGAUGCACGCGGGGCUUCCGCCGUCGAUGCCGUCGAUGCAGUCGAUGCCGUCGAUGCAGUCGAUGCCGGCGACGAUGCCUAACAUGAGCGCGCUGAUGCAGAUGCCCGCGUACAACAGCGCGAUGGGCGCGAUGGGAGCCGCGAUGGGCGGGAUGGGCGGGAUGUACGCGAGUUGGCCGCCCGCGCCGCCGGCGUGCGCGGGCUCGGGCGCGGCGACGAUGGGGCUUCCGGGCGCGUCCGCGUCGGAUCCCUACGGCGCCGCCGCGGCGCAGAGUUUCAUGAACUACGUGGCGAAUUAUCGUCCGGGCGGGGGCGUUCCGGGGAAAGACGCGUCGUCGAGCGCGGCGGCGGCGGCGGCGGCGGCGGCGAUGGCGUCGCACGGGUGGGGGUUCCCGGGUCACGCGGGCGGCGCGUGGUCCGCGGGCGCGGGCGCGGCGGCGACGUCGGCGGCGAUGACGUCGGCGGCGAUGACAUCGGCGGCGAUGACAUCGGCGGCGGCGGCGUCCGCGAUCGCAGACGGGGGGUGCUCCGCGCCCGCGGCGGGAGGGCCCGACGCGGGAGGGGGGAAGUGA